UAAAUAAUAAAAAGCUUGCUUAUUUUAUGUACAGCUGAAACUUGGCAUCCGGCCCAAUUGCCAUCUGAUGGCGUGCAGAAAUCGUAAUGGCAGUGCUCAUGUCCUGUUGAUAUACUGUGGCGUGUGCAUCUGGCGUAGGUCUUUUUCAUGCUCAAUAGAGAGACAACAGAGUAUAAAGUGUCACAAACACCCUUCAUUCCUGUGGUGUUUAACUACUUUUUGUCAUUUUUACCAGUGGUGCUUUCCGAAGAUCUGUGUUUGUGUUGUAUGACUGCUCUAAGAGAAACAUGCUUGAGUCAUUUGUGAACUGAAGGAGGUCAACUAAAGCCCAAUGUUUAAUUACACUGCAUGUCUGCACAUGAAGGCUUUAUCGCCCCCAUAGUGAUGCCAUGAGCACGGUAAUUACAGUAAUUUAUCCCAUGGGAUAUCUAUGUGCUCCUCUUAUUUACUCCUCCCAUCGUGAAAUGCUAUGUCGUCUUUAAGUGGUGGUUUUCAUUCAUUAAAAAAUGCACGUCAUUUAGUUGUCACAUAAAUUCUCUUGCAGGUUGUUGGGUGUGAGUCACAGUUUCGAACAUAACUCUCCUGUCUCUUUGCAGAUUGUAUUAAUUUGCAGGACAGCGUUUUCCCUCACACGGGUACUGUCUUUACAGAAUGCCAGAACAGGGGGUGCACGGAUAGGAAAUGCUGUCAUCACCUUGGCAACAGUCUCCUAUGUGCAUCACUCAGUCAUGCACAUUGCAGCUGUAGUCCUUGUACAGAUGCAUUGUUUUGUGAUAUUUCCCUGCUUUAUUGUUGCCCUCCCCUCUUUUAAAUUGCAGAUGCAGUGGUCAAUAUGAAGGGGGCUGUAUUUUGUACUGAUAUCAAUGGCAUGAUUGUUGUACAGUAAUUUCCCAAUCAGGGAGUGGUGAAAUUUCGGCGUACAGGUGAAAGCACUCGUUCAGAUGAUGACUUUGGUGGCAGGGAUGAGUUUCUGCACGUGGAGGGAGGGAGGUCGGAUAUGGAGUCAGUUUCCCUGGCUGAUGUUGCUCCAGUUCCUCGAGAAUUCGCAAAUCCUACCGAUGAUACAUUUAUGGUUGAGGAUGCAGUGGAAGCCAUUGGCUUUGGGAAAUUCCAGUUGAAGUUGUCCAUCCUGACUGGACUUUCAUGGAUGGCAGAUGCCAUGGAGAUGAUGAUUCUCAGUAUACUUGCCCCUCAACUACACUGUGAGUGGGCACUGCCCAGCUUGGAGGUGGCACUGCUGACUUCGGCAGUAUUUAUUGGAAUGAUGAUCAGUUCUUCAUUAUGGGGAAACAUAUCUGAUAAAUACGGCAGAAAAACGGGUUUAAAGAUGAGCGUAUUCUGGACCCUGUUUUAUGGCCUCCUCAGUGCAUUUGCCCCCAUAUAUGGAUGGAUUUUGUUCCUCAGAGCUUUGGUGGGCUUCGGAAUCGGAGGGGCUCCACAAUCAGUUACAUUGUAUGCUGAGUUUCUCCCAAUGCGGUCCAGGGCUACUUGCAUUUUAUUGAUAGAGGUAUUCUGGGCUCUGGGAACAGUAUUUGAAGUUAUGCUUGCCAUUUUGGUGAUGCCAACAUUGGGCUGGCGCUGGCUGCUGGCCCUCUCCACAAUUCCACUUUUCAUUUUUGGUAUUCUUUGCUUUUGGUUGCCAGAAAGCGCGCGAUACGACGUCCUGACAGGAAAUCAGGAGAAGGCUUUGAACACACUUAAACGUAUCGCUGCAGAGAACAAGGUCCCAAUGCCACUGGGAAAACUCAUUGUGGCCAGACAGGAGGACAGGGGGAAGAUUCAGGAUCUUUUUUCGCCACAAUUCCGCUGGACUACUGUUCUGCUCUGGUUCAUAUGGUUCUCUAAUGCAUUCUCUUAUUAUGGUGUGGUUUUGCUGACCACUGAGCUUUUCCAGGAGGGCGGAGCAUGUGGUCAGUCGAACGGCAGUAGAAUGGAUCCAGGUUGUAGUUUGGAAUGCAAAUAUCUAAAUUCAGAUGAUUACAAAGAUCUUCUCUGGACAACACUGGCUGAGUUUCCAGGUCUGCUUGUCACCCUGUGGGCUAUUGAUCGGUUGGGCAGGAGGAAGACUAUGGCACUGUGUUUCUUCAUCUUUUCCCUCUGCAUUGUGCCACUCUACGGAUGUGUGGGAAGAACUGCUUUGACAGUACUCAUAUUCAUUGCAAGAGCUUUUAUUGCCGGAGGUUUCCAGGCUGCAUACGUGUACACACCUGAGGUGUAUCCUACAGCCACGAGGGCACUGGGUUUAGGAACCAGCAGUGGAAUGGCUCGGGUUGGAGCUCUAAUCACUCCAUUUGUUGCACAGGUGAUGCUUGAAUCAUCCGUGUACUUGACUUUGUCGGUCUACUGUUGCUGCUGUUUGCUGGCUGCUGUUGCGUCCUGUGCCCUUCCUAUAGAAACCACCGGCCGGGGCCUUCAGGAGUCCAGCCACAGGGAGUGGGGUCAGGAGAUGAUGGGACGGGCAUCAGACCACAGCCCUGGUGGGAUUCCACAUUCCAGCUCUGGAUCACAAGACUAAGGGACACAAUUGGGUCUUGGAUGGAUAUAGAGAAUCUACUUUGUAAAAACAUUGUGUGUCCUAAAAGACACACAUGUUUUAAUAAAUUAGGAGUUGGUCUGCAUUUAAUUUUUUUAAUAACUCGAAUAUAGACAGCUUGCUCUAUUACAGGUGAGAGGUUUCUUUCAAAGACUCCUCAUCCUCUGAGAAAUGCAGGGGGAUUUUCCAUCACAUAAUACUGCAUCAUGCAACACUCCUAGGAGGUUCAAGAAGAAAUGUUUUGAAUUCUGGAUCUGAAACAAUGAUGGCUAUGGGGUCUGCAAUAUGCCAUAUUAAACAUAAAAUAAUUUACUUUCAUAUGUGACGCAGUCUGUGAACACCCAGCUAAAGUUACUUUUUGUGAUCUACUGUUUUCUACAUAAAAUCCUAUCAAACUAAAUAAUGUAAAGAACAUCCUGUGAAAUAUAACCUUGAUAUCUUUAAUAUUGACUGAGUAAGGCCAUCAUACAUUUUGAUAGUUUAACGUGGAUUUCACAGACAGGGUCACAAAAGAUCAAAGGUUUCUAAUGGGCAUUUUAAAGGAGAAUAGACUUUAAAGAUUUGAAUCUACCUGAAAUCUUCUAGAUAAAAGAGCACAAGAACGAGAGUUUGUUUGUUGGUUACAAUAGCAGUGAGUAGAAAGUGUAGAAUUUUGAAUUUAUUGUUAUUUAUAUUUUUUUCAUAAUGUUGGCAUGACAAUUUUCACUAAUUUAUUGAAGCAAAAACUGGAUGCUGCUACCAAAAACCAGCGCACAAUGCACAAAUUUAUGGUUAAUUUUGUAAUGCUUUUGUUGAAGAAACAUUAGUAUAACGGUAUAUAGGCUAGUUAGCCAUUCAUAUCCCCGCUUUCACAGACAAGGCUUAGGGCUAGUCUUAGACCAAAACACGUUUGAGCUGCCUCUACUGAAAAAAAUAACUUGCACUGACAGAUCCUAAAAUAUACUGGUGCCAUUUGUAGGCCUAUCUCAAGAUACACACUAUUAAAGGGACACACCACUUAAAAAAAGGCUUAUUUUCUGGCUACCCUAGAGUUAAACAUUUGAUUUUUACAGUAUUGGAAUCCAAUAGCUGAUUUCCGGUCUGGCUGUACCACUUUUAGCAUAGCUUAGCAUAAUCCAUUGAAUCUGAUUAGACCAUUAGCAUCGCGCUCAAAAAUGCAGGUUGGCGCAAUGAUAUUACGCAGCACCUGAAAAUAGUCCCCUGCUAUUAUAAGAUACUAAGGGAACUAUUUUCGGGCAGUGCAUAAUAUCAUUGGGCCUCCUGCAGCCAUGUUACGGCAGUAAAGUCCUUGAUUAUUAUGCAGAAUGAGAGUAUAGUUCCUAGCCGUAUCUGCCUAGAAAGUCGCAACUUUUAAUUUUCAGUCAGUCUCAGCACAUGUUGUAACUAGAAGAGUCAAGUUUUAAAUAGGAAAAAUAUUGAAACUCUUUGGUUAUUUUUUAGCGAGAUGCUAAUGGUCUAAUCAGAUUCAAUGGAUUAUGCUAAGCUAUUGCUAUAGCGCCAAACCCGGAGAUCAGCUGAAUGAAUUCCAAAAUGGUAAAAAUCAAAUGUUUAACUCUAGGGGAGCUGAAAAAUGAGCCUAUUUUCAAAAAAAGUGGAGUGUCCCUUUAACAUCUUUAAGACAUGUUUAUAAAAUAUGCUUAAACGUCUUAAUUUAACUAAGCCCUUGUCCUUGUAUAAGCUAAACCUUGUCUGUGAAACCAGGCCAUAGUUUCUUUGGCCUUUACUUGCAUCAUUCCCUUAUAAUCAGGCACAUCAAAGGUUUCUAGAAUAUUUAUAAUCUUGAAUGUAUAGAUUAUAUCGAAGACCAGCCAAGAGAUUAUAAAACAGUAAAGGUCAUACAGGUUGAAAAACAUUAAGAGGAAGUAAAUAAUUACAGAAUUAGCAUUUUAAAGUCCGUGUAAAGUCUGAUAUUAAAUGUGUUUGCAGUUUGUGAUACCACAGAAAAAUGUAAUCUUAACCACCCAGACAAAUGUAAAUAAUCAAAAGGCAUCAAAUAAAAUAAUAAAACUAAAACGGGCAGGAUUCUGCUCUCAAACACUGGGGGUGCGUCCGCUGUCUGUGCUGAAACCAAGCCCACUUGCGCCCAAGCUGCCAUGUCUUUUAACUUAAUUCCCGCUACAACCUGAAUUGGGUUAUAAAUGGGAAAUAAUCUUAAACACAGAAAUGUAGAAAAACUAUUUAAUGGUAGUUCACAGCAAUACAUUUCUAAUAAUGGAUAUGUUUACAUGCACAACAUUUUUUCAAUCCAACUGAAUUUAAUAUGAUUGAAGGUUACGACAAUACAGUUUACGUGUACCCUAAACAUUGCGAUCUGAUUAAAAUGUUUGUUUACAUGCACAUUCUAUAUAAUCCGAACCAAAUGUCUGCGCAACCGCACAGCCAUGGUUGCCAGAUUUGCGUACCAAACCAGCCCAAUGGACAUUCAAACCUAGUCUAAAAGCAGUGACUAUUCACAGCUCAAAUACCAAUAACUAAUCAACAAAAUCCUUUCAUCUUUAACUCGCACAAAAAAAAAAAAAUGGUGGAAACAGUUUAAAUUAGAGGACUUGGCAACGCCACGCUGCGCACAGCAUCUCUUGUCGAGUUAACGCUUUAUCUCUGGAUAAAAGUCAAAGCUGAGUUGGAGAAAGUUGUUCUUAAAACGUUUUCAUAUAUAGACAAUGAAAACACAAAUUUCAAAAGACACAACACUAUUUUAUUAAUUAUGUAGCCUAAUGUUAUGAAAGUAUACAUGAACGCUGCAGAAUGUACAGCGUGUAACCCCAUUACCUUAAUGCGCGUUUGCGCCAUUGCGUGUUUCUGUGACGUGAAUCAUGUGAUAUGUAAAUAUGAGGUAAAUAUAAGAUGUGAACUUGAGAACAAUUGUUCUGCGCAUGUGCACAAUGUAUUUUUGCACCCGAUUGAGAAAAUACUACAAUUUACGAGUUUACAAACAUACUUUUCUCCUGCUGAUCGGAUCACAGAUCGGACUAUGCCACCCCUUUCAAUACGAUCCAAAUUUGCAUCAUUAUCGUAUUGAUUAAAGUGUUUACAUGAAGGCUUUUUAAUACGAUUGAGCUAUCAAUACGAUCACAAACUGAUUAUUUGGUUGCGUGUAAACGUAGCUAUUUAUAAUGUGUUUAUAGAAACAAUUCUCUAAAAUGACUUUACAUGGACUUUAAGUGAACUAUUUUAAAUAAAAGCAAGAUAACAAUUAAACUAAGUUGCUUCCAUCACCACAGGUCUGUGACAAGUCAAGAACACUUGCCAGUCUAGAUUUGUCUAACACAAAACUUUUUUUUUAACUUUACCACUCACUGCUAUAUUGGG